UACACCUAAGCCCUCACAAACCCUCCUUCCCAAUGGCCGGCGUGCCCCCGCCGCCGCGGCAGCUCGAGGUGAGGCGCUUCGCGGCCGCCCGCGCCGGCGAGCUCCGCUCCCUCCACGCCGCCGUGUCCGGCCGUCUCGAUGGAAGCGGCCGCUCCCAGCAGCCCCGCUCCUCGCGCCGCCGCACCACGGGGCACCUCCCCUCCAAGCGCCGGCGGCGGAGCGGACACUCCGCCGGUACCCGCGAGGGCGGGCGGGCGGAGGAGGAGGAGGAGAGGAGUACCUCGGCGCGGAAACAGUCGAGGAGGGUGAGGCGGCGGCGGGAACUCGCGGGCAACCCCGCGGAGGGGUUCUCGGUCGCUGGCGACGGCGCGCGGCGUUUGCGCACGCACCUGUGGCACGCCAAGAGGUUCUCCAUGGAGAGGCGAUGGGGCUUCGUCCUGCCCGACGGUGCCCAGGGGAGAGGGAGGGGUUCAAGGAGUGUCCUCAAGCGGCUGAAGAAUGCUACCGUUGUCCAUGAUGCGAGCUACUUCGUUCCAAUUCAGCUAGAUGGUCCAGAGCUAACUUUCCAGGACUCCCUGUUAUCCAUUCUUCGAAUGGUUUUGCAUCCAUCUCCUGCAGACAAAACACCUGAUUUGAAGCAUAAGCAAGAUCAAAUUAUGCGAGGUGUUUGCUAUGAGAGUGCUAUGCUUUGGGGUGUCGGGAGUCCUCAUUCUCAAAUUGUUGGACCAGUAACAUACAUGUGGCGCCCAUUCUCAAGAGAGAAUGACAAAUUGGAGCCUGAAGAACAAGAUCUCUCCAAUAGCUCUUUACAACGUCAAUUGUGGAUAUGGAUACAUCCUGCUGCUCUUGAUGAAGGGCUUAAUGCAAUAAGAUUUGCAUGUGAGAGACAGAUGCACGAUUCUGGUGGUGUGGUCAAAUGUUGCUCACUUGAGGGAAAAAUUGCAAGAUUAGAAGUCAUGGGCUGCAAGGCUAUGCAAUCUCUUAAGAGUAUGUUGCACCCACUUAUCAAUUCAAGUAUGAUGAACAAGGUACUUAGUACUAGUAUUAUGUCUACAUCAACUGAUGCUCCUCUGGAUUCCUCUGCUGGCUCUGUUCUUUCAAAAGUAUCUAUUAUUGAUCAUGCUGAGAUUCUUCAGCCUGGUGCUAUACUAUCCAUGAUGGUUCAUGACCCCAGGGAAGUUUCAGUACAGAGAACAGAUUCUUCAUCUAAAGCAGUCUCACUGAACAAGGAGAACAGACUCUCGGAGGAAGAUCUAGUUCCAAAUGCUGAUGAGACAUCAUCGGAGGUGGGAAACAUAUUGUCAUCGAUGUGGAUGCACCCUGGGAGGCACGAUUUAUUACUUUCAGACUGCAGAGAACUCUGGGGUUCUAGCCAUAACAUAAAUCCUCCUGUGGCAGAGGAGAUUCUUUGUAUGGAGAAGCACCAUGAACGUAUUAUGUUUUUCUGCCUGGAUUCUGGAAAUGAUCAAGGACAAACAACCCAAGAGAAGGAUAGCUCCAACCGAUCCUGCCCAGUUAUUCUUCUGAAACAUGGCAAAGAAGGAAUGCUCACUCCAGGGUGGUCUAUUAUUCUACCAUUGAGUUGGGUGAAGCCUUUCUGGCUCUUUCUAGUAUCUCAUGGUGCGCAUGCGAUUGGCUUAAGAGAGAGACGAUGGAUUGCAACAAAGUUCAAAUUGCCAUGCUUUCCUUAUGAUUAUCCAGAUAGCAAAGCGUAUUCAUCAUUUAUGGCCAAAGAAGCUGCUAUUUUUGAUAAAUCUGUUGAGUGCCGCCCUGCUUCCAAGAGACCUUCAAGAGUUCCUGUACCACCUUUAUGGCAUUGUAUAAUGGCUUGUUUUAAUGAAGGUGAUGGCAUAGUGAGAGGUCUUCAAAUAGAUGACUUAAUUUUGGAUACUAUGGUAUUCGUAUUACCCAAUUUUUCAACAGUAAGUUCCAAAUCUGGAGAAGCAGAACCAUCACAGGCAAAUGUUGCUGCAUCCUUGCCACUUUUUGUUCCAAGAACCAUCCGAGUGUUGCGACAAUAUGUGAAAGAAAUUGAUAUGAAGUAUUUGACUUCAUCGUCUGACACGGAAAUGGAUACUGACAGACCGAACUUAGAAGCUUCUAACGGCACUGUCAAGAUGACUUGUUCCAUGAAUGAAUUAUGCCUUACAAGGGUUCUGAUAAGAGCAUUCAAGGAAGGUUCUUUUGAAGAGGGUGCUGUUGUUUGUGCUCCAUGUCCUUCAGAUCUUUCAGCUUGGAAAAUCAGAUCAAAUGAAGAAGAGGAAGAAUGUGUCGAAAAAUGGGAACUCCAGCUCCCUCAGUCCCAUGUUAGUUCUUAUUUCUCUUGGUUGGAUCCUAGCACCAGCAACCUUCAGUUGCCCAAAGAUGAGAAUGCACGGGAAGCAUUCAGGUGGCCGAUAGGCUUUGUCACUACAGGUUUCGUCCAUGGAAGUAAUGGGCAAGAUGCUGUUGCGGUUGCAUUCUGUGAGGUGAAGCUGCUUGCGAUGUUGAGGCGACAGCAAUGGACGCAUGAAAAUUUGCAGACUCGAGAGAUCUGUGUCCUUGUCAGGAAUGCAAGAUCAGCGGCGUACCGACGAGCACUGGCCACAAUCGUCCUGGAGCAACAGGAGGCAGACCUAGAGUUUCUAUAGCCUGGAACCUGUAUGACGUUUCCUCAUCCACUGCCAAAAUUUGUUGCAUGCACUGAAGCACUUUCAGUUAACUGUAACAUUACAAUUUUGAUAUAUGCGUGCUUUUCUUCUGUCGAUA